CGACGGCUUCCCGGCAUGCGCAAGUUUGUGGCGGCUCCAGUGCCAGCCGCGUCGCUCGGUGCGCGAGCGGAGUCAGCUAUAUCGCCUGCGUCGAUCGCGAGUGCGCCAGGACAGAGAUCGUCGACUGCCGUGCUACGCGCCGUCGCCGCGCCGUCACCGUCAGGUUCAGGCACGACGGGACAGCAUCUGCGGCAGUCAAGCGGAAAUCUAGCGGCGCACAGAUCCGUGAGUAUGAGUGUCGAGAAUACUGAUGGGACUUCGAUGGCGGUCAGCAAAGAUCUGUCGAUGCGCGCAAGAGAGAAGCAGAGGGACAACGGCCAGUCCUCUGACUCGCCGCUGCGUCAGUCUGGUCUAGUAGCAUCAGGCAUCGACAGCAGCUUGCAAUGUCAAAAGAUAGAAUCGAAAAGGAAGCUCCGGCAGCAGCGAUGUAAUUUGCUGGCGACGAUGCUCGAUGAACUCAAGGGCAUCCUCAAGCACACAAGCGAAGAAGACAGCGAUCUCGUCGUCUUGACAAACAAACAUGCGCUCGUCAGCUUGAAUCUCGAGAAGCGACACGUUGCCAUCAAAGCUGUGAUGACACGCCUCGCUGCAUCACCCGAACUCAGCGAGACGAUCUUACAACAGCUCAGUAACAAACUUGCGAGAGCCAUCAGAGACCUUCGCAUGGACGAGAAGCGCGAGGCAGACCUAGAGACAGAGAUGCUCGCGCUCGAACGGAGGAUAAAGCAGGCCGAGCAGGAAUACGACAGAGCAGAAGCACUUCUGCCUGAUGAUGCUAUGGAGGAUGUCGAUGCCGAGUCGGAAUGGUACAAGCCCCUUUUUGACAAUAUGUCUCGUCAAGAGACCCUCAUCGAUGAAGAACUCGCCCAAAUGGGCUUCUACAGCGAUGCUGAUCCCUCCGCUCUCCGUAUGAGCUCGUCCAGCGAGCGAGGCGGUCGGAGGCCUCAUCCUGCUUCUUCCGAAGUCUCUGGACCAUCGUCUCGCAUCUCAAGGCCAGAUCCUGAGCCUUCAGCCGUGCCAGACAAAGCACACACGCCUGAUCAUCAGCCGACUGCACGUGUAUGCCAACAACCAAUUUCAGCGCCGAAGCCGGUAUCUGCUGACCUCACAAAGGACAUGCCGCUCGAUUUCUUCGAGGAUGAUGGCCUUUCGUCCGAUGUCGAGCUCAGACCUGCGCCCCGGCGAGCGGUCGCAGCCGCGCGUGUCCCAGCCAAAAGGCCGGCGAGUCCUCAUGCAGAGCCAGAUAUUGGCACUAAGCGUAUUCCCCUGGUCUCCUUGUCAAAUAAGGCUCUUCCUGUCAUCAGUCUCUCCAAAUCAGUCUCGUCGGCGUCUGUCAGGCCGACCAAAGUCACAUCUUUGCCCCCAGCUCCGGUACAAGCAGCAAUUGCGCCCGGCGUAAAGAGCACAACGGUCAGAGCAACCGUAUCGAGGAAUGACAUGUCAUUCCCUUGGUCGCGCGACGUGCUUAAAGUGCUCAACAAACACUUCCGACUGUCCUCUUUUCGCCCAAAUCAGCUCAAGGCGAUCAAUGCAACCCUGGCAGCGGAUGAUGUGUUCAUAUUGAUGCCCACGGGCGGUGGCAAAUCACUUUGCUACCAAUUGCCUGCCGUUGUGCAGAGCGGCAAGACGAGAGGUGUCUCUAUCGUCAUCAGUCCCCUGCUGAGCUUGAUACACGAUCAAUGCCAAGCUCUGAUGGACAAAGACGUGAUCGCGUUGGCCUUCAAUAGCGAUCUCAAAAAAUCAGAUCGCGACUUUGUCAUCAACGAGCUCCGAACGGCAGACGAUGAUACGCGGCCCUGCCUCAUUUACGUGACGCCAGAGAUGAUUGCAAAAAGCACGCUGUUCAAAGAUGUCUUACGUAACCUCCAUCGAAGGCAAAGAUUAGCUCGAUUCGUCAUCGACGAGGCGCAUUGUAUAUCCAGCUGGGGCUUUGACUUCAGACCGGACUACAAAGAGCUUGGAUCGAUCAAGCGCGAGUAUCCCGGCGUGCCCAUCAUGGCUCUCACUGCCACUGCUAACGAACGCGUCAAGCAGGACGUGAUCACGUCGCUCGGCAUCAACGACUGCCUUGUUCUGUCGCAAUCUUUCAAUCGACCCAAUCUGCGUUAUGAAGUCAGACCAAAAGGCAAGCUCAUCAUAAAGGACAUCUCUGAUCUGAUCAAACGAGACUUCGCCGGACUGUGCGGCAUCAUAUACUGUCUGUCGAAGAAGCAAUGCGAGGACAUUGCAGAGGCGCUCAAGACUCAGCACGGCGUCAAAGCGCAUCAUUACCACGCUGGUAUGGCAAAAGACGACCGAAUCAGGAUUCAGGCAGAUUGGCAAAGGGGCAAAAUUCACGUCGUCUGCGCUACCAUCGCAUUCGGCAUGGGCAUUGACAAGGCUAACGUUCGAUUUGUUCUGCAUUUUACGAUAUCUGGUUCGCUUGAGGCAUAUUAUCAAGAGACUGGGCGCGCUGGCAGAGACGGCGGCGACUCCGUCUGCAUCCUCUACUUCAAUUUCAACGACACGCGCCUCCUGUAUAGGCUCAUAGACACCGGGGAAGGCAGCCACGAGCAGAAGCAGAGACAGAGAGCCCACGUCCAGGACAUGGUGAAGUAUGCAUUCAACACGAUCGAUUGCCGAAGAACACAGGUCCUGCAGUAUUUCGGCGAGACCUUUGCACGCGAGCAAUGUCACGCUACGUGCGACAAUUGCCGAAAGUCUGGCACUGGCCAGGAGCUUGUCAACAUGACAUCAUACGCUAAGCUCAUCAUCACCCUCGUCCGAGAGAUUCAAGACCAAAAGGGCAUCACCCUUGUCCAUUGUGCCGACAUCUUCAGGGGUAGCAAACUCAAGAAGGUCGUAGAGAGCGGACACGACAGACUGGCAGGCUUUGGCGCGGGUAGUAGUCUGGCGCGUACAGACAUCGAGAGGCUGCUGCAGAUCAUGUGCAACGAAGGCAUCCUCGGCGAACGUCACGAAACGAACGGGAUGGGCUUUACAAGCGCUUACUGCAUAUUGGGCAAACAUCACCGCGAAGUUCUCAAUGGGCACAGAACAGUCAACUUGAUCUGUAGCAGCGCGAACGCAGCGACAAAAGGGGCAAAGGCUCCGCGCAAGUCCAUCGAAGAGCAAGAGAUCGAGCAAGGCUUCUGGGACAACGAUAGCUCGCCUGUUGCGGCUCGUCAGCAAGCUCCUGCUAAGGUCGUGUACGAUCUGGAAGAUGAUGACGAGGAGGAUGCGGAGACGCAGCUGGCCCUGCUAGAGAGUACACAGUCUCACAAUGCCCGAUCAAUGGCGCCCGAUACGCCUUACGAUCAGUUCUGUCGCCUGCGACGGGAUCAAGCGAUCAAAGCGAACGUCGACGCGAAGCAGAUCUGCAGUGACGCCUUGCUCGCUCAGAUCACAGCUCGCUUGCCUGAUAGUGCCGAUGCAUUGAGCAAGACGCCCGGCAUCACUCAGGACUUUGUAAUGGAAUAUGGCAGGGACUAUGUCGCUCUUUGCAGAGGCUUCCGUCGGAAGCCAUCGUCAGCUGCGGUAAUGCCGGCGCCAAAGAAAGCAUCAGGGCCCAACAAAACAAAGCGAGACACCAGCAAGAAAGCUCAAAAAUCGAUGAGCGAUGUCGCCAAAGCUUUCACUCGCACACCGGCUCAAGACGCUCAGAAAAAGCCCACAAGCAAGCCGGCGACUUCGCUCACCAAGGCAAUGCCCAUGCGACGUGCCUAA